CCUCCCUCACCUUCACCCCCCCCCCCCCCCUCCCCCUUCCCGGAGAGCGAGAUGAGGGAGCUGGCCUCCUCCUUCGCGGCCGCCGCCAGUGCUUCCUCCUCUGCCUCCGCGCCGCUGCUCGGGGGCUGGUGGAACGACGUCAACGAGUCACCCGAGUGGCAGCACGCGGCCUUCUUCUCCCUCUCCGCAGCAUACGCCCUCGUCUCCGCCGUCGCACUGAUUCAGCUCAUCAGGAUCCAGCGCCGGGUGCCCGAGCUCGGAUGGACCACGCAGAAGAUCUUCCACCUCAUGAACUUCCUUGUCAAUGGGGUUCGUGCUCUCGUCUUCGGCUUCCAUGUCCAUGUCUUCCUCCUCCGCACAAAAGUAUAUAAGCUGGUGCUACUAGAUCUCCCCGGUUUGCUCUUCUUCUCCACAUACACUCUACUCGUGCUCUUCUGGGCAGAAAUUUACCAUCAGGCCAGGAGUCUCCCAACAGACAAGCUAAGGCCUGCAUACAUUGCCGUUAACAGCAUCAUAUAUGUCGUUCAGGUUUGCAUAUGGAUAUACCUCGGAAUAAAUGAUAAUGCCGCGGUUGAGCUGGCCAGCAAACUCUUCAUUGUAGCUGUCUCCUUUGUCGCGCUUCUUGGCUUUUCAGUAUAUGGUGGAAGGUUAUUUUUCUUGCUGAGACGUUUCCCUAUUGAAUCAAAGGGGCGGCAAAAGAAGCUUUAUGAGGUUGGGACUGUGACAGCAAUUUGCGUAACCUGCUUCCUGAUAAGAUGUGUCGUGGUGGCAUUAUCUGCAUUUGAUCGGGAUGUAUCUCUGGAGGUUUUGGACCAUCCAAUCCUAGACUUGUUCUACUAUACGCUGACGGAGAUAUUGCCUUCCGCGCUAGUCCUGUUCGUCCUACGGAAGCUUCCUCCCAAGCGGGUAUCGGCACAAUACCACCCCAUUAACUAGAGAGAUUUUAUGAUGUUUGUAUGGUACUAUAUAAGAAGUGUGGAUGAGCUGCAUCCAGUUGAGUUGAAUGCUUUUGCUUGCCUUGUUGUGUUUAUGGAAGCCUGGAAGCAUUCAUCCAUUGGUGGUGACGCAUCAUCAUCAUCAUCAUCAACAUAUUAUAUGAUGAGAAGAGUCUUGGUGUUGAGUGGUACUCUGAUGAAAUGAAACUGGCGACUCCUUUUGUGGUUGCAUCUCCAAGGUGUUGUGUUUGGUUGGUUUUGCUAUUGCUACCCGGAGCAUGACAUGACAUUAUCUGAAUUGCAUAUGCAUUAUAUUGUUGA